AAGAGAAAACCGACAUCAGUCUACGAUCGGAAGUCGUCAUGUAUUCAAAUCAGUUUAAAUAGUCCACGAAGAAAGCUACUUACAGCUUACUAUCAAUAAGUUGCACAGUGCCUAAGUUUUGCUUCAGUAUAAUAUUGAGAUAAUUUGCACAGUUUAUCUCGUUCGCUUUGCAAUCUUAUAUUGUGUAUUACAUCGUAUAAGUAAAAGAGAAACAAUUAUAAUGAUGGCGCUGAAAAAAUUUGCAACAGUGCUUUUGAUAGAAAUUUUCGUUUUACCGAUUGUUCUCGAGGCGCGCUUUUAUCAUGGGUACGAGUCUUACAGACGGUAUUACGAUGAUCAUAGCAUUAAUAGCGAGCGAUUGAAAUAUCCGGUGAAGAUUUCCGAGGAAUCGUAUUACGAUCAUAAUGAUGUAAAAAAAGGAAUAAAUUCGCGUUUUGGAGAUGACAAGCAUACAAAUUUCGACAGUAGUUUUGUAUUUCCGGAUGACGUAUUGCAAGUCCGAAAUGGCGGUGGUACCUACGUAAUCAGUCCAGUGGCGAAUUGCGAUGAUAAGCGACAAACCUUCUGCGAACAUGUCCCAAAUUAUCCCGAAGAGUUUGUAAAUCAAGCACUCGCGAACAAUUCCAGCCUGUUACAUUACGCAUAUGAAGAUAUUUUAACUAUUGCACCGCGAACAGACAUAAGUGAGGAACCGCUUUGUCUCUCUAUGGAGCGAGUAAUUCGUCCAAAGACGGGCCAAAACGUGAAGAACGAAUGGCGCUACAUCCUCCAAUCGAACCAGUCGAAUUUUUUUCAAAGUGUGCGAAUCGAAACUUGCGAAGAAGAAAAUACUAAAUGCAGGAUGAUCGACGGUUUUGCUGAGGGAUACAUCACAAUAUGCAAACAGAAAUAUAUUUAUCGCGAGUUGUCAGCCCUCUCCGACAACGGUGAGAUCGUCCGCGAUUAUUUCCGCUUUCCUGCGAGUUGUUGCUGCCACGUUCAGUUCAACGCUGACGAUGGAGUUGUCAGAUGAAGAAUACAACCAGCUUCAGAGAAUAUUCCGGAGUUUCGUCCGCAGUAGAUACACAUAUAAGAAUAUUUUAAAAAAUAUUUUAUAGAUACGUAUUUUUGAGCUAUUCUCUGAUCGUGGAAUUAGUUGGCUAUUAGUUAGAGUUUAAUUGCAAAAUCGAAGAGAAUGAUUGCUCUUAUUCGUAUUAAGAGCUUUUCAAAACGUUGAAUGCCGAAUAAGAUAUUCUGAUAAUCUGAAAGAGAACGAAAAUUAAAACAGCAUGCACGUAAAUCGAUAAUGGCGUCAAAAUUAUUAAAAAUGUUAAAAUAUAAAUUAAAAAUAUGAUUAAAUUAUUAAAAAUAUUUUUAGUAU